GCGUUUGUGCGGCACGGCGGUACUUCAUCUGGUGCCCAUGUGCCGCAAUAUAUCUUGAACCUCGACCUCUUCACUUCACAACCAUCCGCCUCAGCUUCUUACUCGACAUCCUGCUAUUAGCACUCAAAGAGCUGCUACACUGUUGGCGACCUUAUCCAGACAAGCAGCACCGUCUCUCACUCCCAUCGCAUCACACCGGCAACUUCUACACCAAACAGCAUUGAGAGACAGGUCAACAUGCCCGUCACGCAGUUCGCCACCAAGGAGCGCUACAAAUACCAAAAUGGCUUCAACAACCACCUAGAGUCCGAAGCCAUCGAGGGCGCUAUCCCCACGGCCCAAAACUCCCCCCAGAAGCCCCCCUAUGGGCUCUACGCCGAGAAGCUCUCGGGCACCGCCUUCACCGCGCCGCGCAGCGAAAACAAGCAGACGUGGCUCUACCGCAUCCUGCCCUCGUGCGCCCACCCGCCGUACCAGCCGGCGCCCGAGUCGCGCGCCGCGCAGGAGGGCGCCGCGCCGUCCAAUCUGCGCUUCAUCCCGAACCAGCUGCGCUGGGAUCCCUUUGACCACAACGAUUCCCGCGACCUCGACUUCGUGUCGGGCAUGCGCCUGGUGGCGGGCGCCGGCGACGUGACGCUCAAGCAGGGCAUCGGCAUGCUCGUCUACGCCGCCGGCAAGAGCAUGGACGAGACGGCGGCAUACUACUCGGCCGACGGCGACCUGCUCAUCGUGCCGCAGGAGGGCGACCUGGACAUCCGCACCGAGUUCGGCUGGCUGCUGGUCCGGCCGAUGGAGAUCUGCGUCAUCCCGCGCGGCGUCAAGUACCAGGUGCGCCUGUCGUCGGGCCCGGCCAGGGGCUACGCGCUCGAGCUCUACCAGGGCCACUUUGCGCUGCCGGAGCUGGGCCCCAUCGGCAGCAACGGGCUGGCCAACGCGCGCGACUUCCAGGCGCCCGUCGCGCACUUUGACGAGGACUGCGGCGCGACGGCCUCGGAGGGCAGCCGGCUCUUUGACGUGACGGUCAAGCUCAACAACGCCCUCUUCACCACGCGGCAGGCCCACACGCCCUUUGACGUCGUCGGCUGGCAGGGCAACUACUACCCCUACAAGUACGACCUGGGCCGCUUCAACACCAUCGGCACCAUCUCGUACGACCACCCGGACCCGUCCAUCUUCACGGUGCUGUCCGCCCCCAGCGGCGUCCCCGGCACCGCCGUCGCCGACUUCGUCAUCUUCCCCCCGCGCUGGCUCGUCGGCGAGGACACCUUCCGCCCGCCCUGGUACCACCGCAACACCAUGAGCGAGUUCAUGGGCCUCAUCUGCGGCGGCUACGACGCCAAGCGCGGCGGCGCCGGCGGCUUCGUCCCCGGCGGCGCCAGCCUGCACAACGUCAUGAGCGGCCACGGGCCCGACGCCGACAGCCACGAGGGCGCGCGCAGCGCCGAGCUGAAGCCCGUCAAGGUCGGCGCCGGCAGCUGCGCCUUUAUGUUUGAGAGCUGCCUCAUGGUCGGCGUCACGGAGUGGGGGCUGAGGACGUGCAAGAAGGUCCAGGAGGGCUACAGCGAGGAGAGCUGGGGAGGCGUCAAGACGCACUGGGCGAGGCCGGCUGGCAAGGAGGUCAAGAGUCACCUGGCGGAGUAA